AUGCUGACUGUGGUGGUUGAAGUGGAGCCGGAGAGGGAAUCAGGCCCCAAGGAGACCCACAGCCCUAAAAUCCUUCUGGAGGGGCCCAAGAGCCUUCGACUGCUUCAGCCCGAGACCCUGGAGACUCAGGAACAAUGCUUCACCUUUGACAGAGUCCUGGGCCCUGCUGCUGCACAGGAGGCAGAACAGGAGCUGCUGGCACGCGUCCAAUCCACACUGGCUUCUGUGGGCCAAGGGUACAGUGUAGCUCUGCUGCUCCAGGGCAGGGAGACAGAGGCACCUCGAUUUGUGCCCCAGUUGCUGCAGGUGCUGUUUGAGGAAGCUCUGUCCCUCCACCAUUCUGAUCAUGUGCUUAGUACUCUCAGCCUGGUGCAGAUCAGUUCCAGUGGAAGGAUCCAGGACCUGCUUUCUCCAGGAGUGGAGGACCUGUCAGUGCUGGAUGUGGCUCCUCUGGGCUUGGUGGUGGAACAUGCCAGUGAAGUGGAGGUGUCUGAUGGGAGAGCUGCCUCAGAGCUGUACUUGCAGGCGGCAGGGGCUGAAGGCAGAGAUUGCCCCUUGCUGCAGGUAUUAGCUGGUGAGGCUGUUGGUGAGAAGGUGGAGGGCUCUUUGCCCUGGAUUGUCUCAUGGCUCCUGGAAGGAAACAACUACAGUGGACUGCUUAUUCGCCUGGACCCCCAAGGCAGCUGCCUGCGUUUGCUCCAGGCUGCUCUGAUAGGGGCAUCAGGGAGGAGGAUGCAGAUGAAAGAGGUGAGACCCACUUGGUGGGAUUCAGUAGCAGAGGCCCGGGCCCGACGGGCUAACCUGAAGACCCUGCGUUUAAACCUCUUUGGGGACACCUUGACGGACAGUGGGCUUAGCCAGCUAGGCAGGGCACUGCGCGAGCUACAGGUGAUAAAAGCAUGGAGCCAGUGCCCAAGAAGACAGACACCCAAAGGGGCCAGAGCUGAGGCUGUAGGGUUCUCAGAACCACAGGUAUAUGAGCCACCGAAGUAUUGUAAGCAAGGAAGACAGCAUUAUUAACACUUGUCAGUGGCAGAAAGAACAUCAUCUCUAGGACCUGGUCUCCACCAAAAGCAUCCUCUCAGGGAUGCUGAGCAGCAGUUAAUACCUGCCCCAAAUGUGACUCUGCAGUUGCUCCUGGCUCAAGCUCGGAGGCAGAGAUUGAGAGAGCAGCACCAAAUUUGGAUCCAAGAGGAGCUAAAGCAUUUGAAACAGGAGGAGGUGGCAGGUGAACACGUCAAAGACCUGGUGACUGAAGAGGAGACCUGUGAGGAGAGGCAGAGAUGGCACCAGGAGCUGAGAGUACUGAGACUUCAGGUGGAGGCCCUGCAGGCAGAACGGGACAUCGCAGAGGAAGACUUGGCAGCCUUCUAUGACCUGUAUGUGCAGGCCACCAGAGCACAGACAUGCCACAUAUUGCAGGUAUUUCGAGCCUGGCAGAGGCUGAGGGAGGAGCACGCCAUGACCACAGAGCACCAUCACCGCAGCCUGCUGGCUGGUGUCCUGCAAGACACCAUUGACCUGGCCUCACAAAACCAGGAGCUCCAAGUUCAGAACCAGCAGCUUCAGCAGGGUGCAGUCUAGGAACUACUCAAGUGAGGCUCAAUCUGAACAGCUGUGGUGUUUUCUUCAAAGAUUUUUCUCAAAGUUCUAGAUCUUU